GAGAAAAAAAAUAUUUUUGUUCCUUCUGGCUUUCCGGAAGUAGGUCACGUGUUCUAGAGAGAUUAUAAAUACUAGGCACAGCCACUUCCGUUGAGCUCGAGCGCAGAUGAGAGUGACAGUAUGGCGUCUACAAGCCGUGGAGAUGCUCUUCCCAAAGUGCAGUGCCCUAAUCACCCCGAUGCCCUGCUGGUGGAGGACUACAGAGCCGGCGAUAUGAUCUGCCCCGAGUGUGGCCUUGUUGUCGGCGACCGUGUGAUUGACGUCGGCUCAGAGUGGAGGACGUUCACGAACGAGAAAGCUACCAAAGACCCGUCACGUGUCGGCGACGCACAGAACCCGCUCCUCAACGGAGGAGACCUCACAACGAUGAUCGGAAAAGGAACAGGUUCUGCGAGUUUCGAUGAGUUCGGAAACUCCAAGUAUCAGAACCGCAGGACGAUGAGCAGCUCGGACAGAGCCAUGCUGAACGCCUUUAAAGAGAUCUCCACCAUGGCGGACAGGAUAAACCUGCCACGAAACAUCGUCGAUCGUACCAAUAACCUUUUUAAGCAGGUUUAUGAACAGAAGAGUCUGAAAGGCAGGAGUAAUGAUGCGAUCGCUUCAGCCUGCCUCUACAUAGCAUGCAGACAGGAGGGAGUUCCCCGAACGUUUAAAGAAAUCUGCGCUGUGUCCCGGAUUUCUAAGAAGGAGAUCGGCCGCUGCUUUAAACUCAUCCUGAAGGCCCUGGAGACGAGCGUGGACCUCAUCACCACCGGAGACUUCAUGUCUCGUUUCUGCUCCAACCUGGGCCUUCCGAAGCAGGUGCAGAUGGCAGCCACCUUCAUCGCCAGGAAGGCCGUGGAGCUCGACCUGGUCCCGGGACGCAGCCCCAUCAGCGUGGCUGCUGCCGCCAUCUACAUGGCAUCUCAGGCCUCUGCUGAGAAGAAGACUCAGAAAGAAAUUGGAGAUAUAGCCGGAGUAGCCGACGUCACCAUCCGCCAGUCGUAUCGUCUCAUCUACCCACGUGCCGCUGACCUCUUCCCUCCAGACUUCAAGUUCGAUACACCAGUAGAUAAACUGCCUCAGCUGUGAAACACACACACACAGUCCUUUCUAUUCUGGUUUUCUUUUCUAUUUGAUUGAGAAGAUUUUGCUCUUUCAACGUGGUGGUGAUUUUUGUAACCGAGUGCAUACAGGAGACACAUUCCACGGUUUAAUGCUACCGGAGUUUAGACCGUAGUGAUCUGCAUUUCAUUUGUGUGUAUAUAUAACUGUACAUAAUUCACGUGAGAAUUUAAUUGGUGAAUAAACCAGUUUCAUACUGUAAACAUUUUCUUUUGUAGCGAACGAGCGAGUUAUUUUGUUUAGUGUGUCUGCAUUGUAUUUAGUAAUUUAAAACAAUAAAUGCUUUUCAGAAAAGCA